AUGUCGUUUGUCUUGGCAGAAUACGAUUCAGAUUUUUCUUACCUCCACCUUUCCCGACGGAGAGCAGUACGUCCUUGUCCUCCUCUUCUUUCUUCAGGCUGUCUUAUGAUCGUGUUUAGGGGCCUUCAAGACUCCCUGCCUCUCUUAUUGUUUUCCGACCAGACUGAUGGUUUCUUCGAUGUAGAAAAGACAUUAUACGACGAGAUCUGCGAUGGCGCCGCUUACCCGGACGCGCCUGCAUCCGAGUCGCCCUUCGACCCAGAGGCGUAUAGUUCCUACGGAGCCUGGUCUCCAGUCAACUCUCCCCGAGAAUCGUUCAAUUCCGAUGCGACGAGUCCUGCAACGACCAUCGAUCCAACUACUACCUUGUCUGGCUCAACCUUAGCAUUUUCUCUACCUGCAUCUCCUUGCGUUCAGCCGAACAUUGCCGAGGACGAACAUGCGGGUCACACUACGAAACAGCUUCGCACUCAUUACACACGCGGUGCGAAGAAAAUGGCCAACUAUUCAGAAGAGACCGAUGAAGAAGACGAAUACGAGCCGAAACCCAAUACUCGGUCCCCUAAACGCGCACGGCGCACCCCCCUCAGUACACCUGAGCUGGACUCUGAUGUGUCCAGUCUUCCAUCCACACCCCUAUCGACCUCUGUCCGUUCACCCCGACAGACCCUUCCUCUGCCUCGUCGCGCCAGCAGGGUGCGCAAGCCGAAGGGCAAUUAUUCGAGCCCCGAAAAAGAUUACGAUGUGUCGGAUGACGACUCGGACUUUUGUCUCAAUGACAAACCUAAGAAGUCUCAACGCCAUCGCCCCCGCGGAACAGGUGAUUUUCCAUGCACCUUCGAGAACUGCGGUAUGAUGUUCCAACGGGCCAACGAUCGAAAGAGACAUCAACAUUUUUGUCGUGAACACAUGGAUCCCGACCAGCGGCGCGCGCUCGACGCAAAGACACAGUGCGAUGCUUGUGGCAAGUCAGUGUCGCGUUCCGACGCUCUGAUGAGGCACAAGCGAACGUGCCGUGAGCUACACCCCGAGCUGAAUUAGGCCGAAGGUCAGAAAGGAGGGAUGGCUAAAACACUGGCCAAAAUGGGCAUGGACUCCCGUGGGUCAGGAGUGGGUCAGAGGUUCUAGUGUCAAGUACCUAGUGAUAGCUGUCUUUUUUGCUGUGAAAUGUUUUCCAAGUUGCUUUCAGUUUCGCUACAUGUCUAUUUCCGUGUUUUGUCUGUUUUUGUGUGUUUGAUGUUAACGUCCUUGGCUAGGCCUUGUCCGCCGUCCGAGUCGCGUCCGCCGGACCCUUAGUAUGACCAGUGAUUCACAGGGCCUAGCUUGGGCCUGGCUUUGAAGACCACUAUGGUUUCAUGUCCAGCUUCCGUUACUUGGGCCUCUCGAACUCAGAUUUUGGAUUUGCCGUAAGGAUCUUCGCACUCCGAGAUCCUUGGAUAUCAAGAAAUUUCUUGUGACGCCCAGCAGAUGAGCCUUACUGCGACAAGUAUGUUAGUUCUAUUUCUCACUUAACUCGGUUAAUGC